AUGAGCGCAAACACGACUCAUGCACCCAUCGGCUUCAAAAAACGGACAGAUGCGGAAAAAUUUGCAAUAGAUUUACUAAUUGGUGGAGUUUCUGCCUCCGUCUCGAAAACUGCGGUUGCUCCAAUCGAACGUGUCAAAAUCUUGCUUCAGGUUCAAUAUUCUCAUAAAGAUAUUCCUCCCGAUAAAAGGUUCAACGGUAUCAUUGAUGCAUUUAUCAGAGUCCCAAGAGAGCAAGGAUUUUCUUCGUUCUGGCGAGGAAACCUUACGAAUGUGAUUCGCUAUUUUCCAACCCAAGCAUUCAAUUUCGCCUUCAACGAUUUGUACAAAUCGAUCUUACUAAAAAAUAUCAAGCGGGAAAAUAAUGUUCUAUCCUACAGUAUCCGAACGCUCGUUUCUGGAGGACUUGCUGGUUGCUCAUCUCUUUGCAUUGUUUAUCCAUUGGAUUUUAUCAGAACACGUCUAUCUGCCGAUAUCAAUCACCACACCAAUAGAGAAUAUAAGGGUCUGGUGGAUUGCACCCUGAAAACCGUUCGAAACGAAGGUGUCGGUGCUCUCUACAGAGGAUUUGCAAUUUCUCUUCAGACGUAUUUCAUUUAUCGAUCAGUUUAUUUUGGUUUGUAUGAUGCAGUUAGAAACACCAUAAAUACUGACAAGAAGAAGCUACCAUUUUACGCUUCCUUCGCUAUUGCUCAGGGUGUAACUGUUCUCUCCUCAUAUUUGACUUAUCCAUGGGAUACUGUACGGCGCCGAAUGAUGGUCAAAGGACAGCUGAGCACAUCAAAAGCGUUUGCAGCGGCAAGGAAAAUUGUACACGAGGAAGGAUUCCGAGGAUUAUACAAAGGAGCUUUAGCCAACAUUUUUAGAAGCGCUGGUGGUGCACUUGUCAUGGCUCUCUAUGAAGAAAUUCACAAGCAUAUGUAG